AAAGAUGCCCUAGAAAUGCAAAACAGUCCUUACAAUAUUCCUUUUCUUGUCAAAGAGAUGUCCAAGGAUCGUUUCCAGGACUUGCCAUUAAAGAACCCUGGACAGACAUCUGUGAUCUUUAAAGGAAUGAACCGAACAGGGAGUCUGGUUUACCCCUUGAACAAGAUUAGAGAUUCUUGUUUAAACAGCUUUGCUGCUGAUUCUAUGAAUGACAGCGUUGUGUUGGACUUGAGCACCACCUCGAGCAUCAAGUCAGCCAGCAGUUCCCACUCUUCCUGGGACUCGGAUGGUGGUAGUGAAGAAGGAAAAAGCAUGAUCUUGAAAGAACGAAACAAUGAUGCAUUUCAAAGUAGA